GAAUGUUGGCAGCUGGUAAUAAAAACCAUGAACAUACCAUCAAUGGUGAAAGCCAACGACACCGAUUACGUGAUCCUGGACUGCGACUACGAUCUCGAGGACACGCCGAGCAAGGGAUUAGUCGUAAAAUGGUUCUUCAACGCCAACGAAGUGGCUUACCAAUGGAUAUACGGUAGGGACCCUUUGGCCGGGGACAUCACGCGGAAGUACGUCGACCUGAAGUACAAAGCCAGCGACGAUCCGUACACCACGUAUCGAGCCAUGAAAUUGAAUAAGCCCGGUAUCGAUCUUACUGGCGAGUACAAGUGCGUCAUAUCCACUUACGCGGAUGAGCAGUCCGCGAGUUCCUCCAUGGUUGUGUAUUCAACGGAGAACAAAUUCGAUCUUGUAUAUAGAAAAAAAACUAUAGAUGAUAAAGAUGGAGUGGAGAUAACGUGCAUGGCAGAAGGGUUAUAUCCAAUACCCACUUUGGAUAUAUCUAUCGAAGGUGUCCUGGAAAAACAAGCAGCAAAGCCCACCGUUACGCUGCGUGCCGAUGGACUGUACGAUAUCUUAUCACGGACGGCCUUACUGGACGAAGAUUUACCAGAAACAGCGAUUGUCAAAUGCUUGCUCGGUAUACCAAAGGUGAACUACAACGUUUCCCGCAAAACCGUCUACUAUCCCGGACCGCCUACUACUACUUCAACCGCUACAACGAAGCUGCUGCAAAAAAUGGAGAUCCAAGCGCUAGACAAGUCAGAGCCUGGCAAUGGUGGUGGAAAUUUGGCUGGUCGAUUGUCAAUUAAUGUUCUGCUAGUUAUAAUACAUCUGACACUAAUCAACAUAUUUAAUUGAUCGUUUAAUUAUUAGGUCACCGCCUAAAAUGGAAUUUGAAAUGAUUUGCGAAUAUGUACGUGUGAAAAUCCAUCAUUUCAAUUUAUCAUCUACGCCUAAAAUACUUAUUGACAGACAGUGUGCCCAUUUUUAAUUUGUUUCACAAAAUACAAUAAAAUCAGGUGUCGAACGUUGAGCAUUGAUCAAUAUUCACAUUCAUUGUUCACAUUAUGAAAUUUUGUUUAUAAUAUAUACAAAGAUACAUCAUAACGCGUUUAUGGAAUAUUAUUCACAAUGAAAUCCUAAUUUAUCAUAACGUUUAGCAUGGAUAUAACUUAAGAAAAAAAACCAAAGAUACAGAGAUCGAAAAUCAGAAAGAAUAAGAAAAGGAAAAAUUUUUGCAUGGUGUUUUUGUAAAUAACGUUCGAGAUUUAAUCAUAUGAUACUUCGAAUUAUAUUGUAGAUUGUAUUUGUUACUCUUCGUGUUACAUCAGAUUCAUAAUAUAUUGAAUAAAAUGUAUGGAACUUUAAAUACGAUAUACAGCAGAUAAGAUAUAUAUGAAAAUGAUAUGAUGAAAUAAGACACAAAAAAAGAAAGAAUAAGACCGAGAUAAAUAUAUAUUGAUUAUACGUAAUUUGAAUGUGUAAUUAUUUUAAUAUGUGUAAAUAGCUACGACAAUAUGCGGUAUCGAAAUGCGAACAAAAAUUAUAAUGAAUAUUUAAGAAAAAAAUAAUAUAAAGUGAUAACAUCCUUGCUCGAGAAAACGAAUUGUACAGUUUCUGCGAUAUUACGAAUAAUUUAUUAUUGUACAUGUUAUUCCUAAUUGCGAAACAAUUAUCUAUAAUUAUAAUAAUGCAAGAGAUAUCUUAACAGAGAAAAAAUAAUUAAGAUUAUUUCGAUAUAUCAGAACGACAUUAUGCUAGUAAAGUUGCACUAAUAUGGAUCAGUUUAAUUUUUCGAUCAAUUAUAAUAAUAUAUUAAAAAAACUUGGAAAGUUCACUCAGAUAUUUUUAUCUUUCUGAUUUAGUCGAUCCAAUGAAAAGACCAAAAAAUUAGCAUUUAAUCAAUAAAAUAUUUAAUUACUAUUUUUAUUGUUGAAUACGAAUUGUACCAAAGAUAAAAAUGUGAAAAUAUUGAAUAAAAAUUCAAGCUAUGUGCACCAAAGUACGUGAUUUAUUAAAUUAGGCCUAAUUUGUAAUAUAUAUUUGCUUAUAUGCGAGAAAUAUCAACCAGCUUUUGAAAAAAUUAACGUUAAUGCUAGAACUAUCCAAUCAAGCAAAUAUUUUGUUUUUAUUAAUUUUAUUUAUUAAAAAUAUAAAUAUUUUUAAAAAAAUUAUAUUAUUGAAAUUAUUAUUAAUAAUAAUUAAUAAUUAUUAAAAAUUAACAUAUCUCAUUAAUAAUAGACGCAUCUUUAUUAUUCAAUUAAUUUUUAUUUAUAUAAUUUUAUAUAUAAUUAUAUACACGUAACGUAAAGUUAUUUUCAUAAUAUUAUUUUAUUCAUUAUUAUAUUAUUUUAUAUAAAUUAUUUUAAUUCUUAUUUAUUUUACAUAUAUACGUAAUUAUAGAUAUAUAUAAUUAUAGAUAUAUAUUAUGGACAAGUUCUAGCAUUAAUCCUUUAAAAGUUAAAAUUACUUUUCGAAUAAAGAAGAAAUAUAUAUUCUUUAUAUAUAUUUGAAAUAAAUAAAAUGUAUUAAAGCUGCGUUAUGUAAUUAAUCGAGUCGUUAACCGAAUUUAAUCGUUUAAAAAGCUUAUAUUAAUCGUUUAAAGCUAAAUAAUGAUGCACAUAAUGAAUAAUAUUAUAACUAAUAAUACUAAAUAAAAAAAAAUAAAGAAGGAAAGAAGAAAAAGAUUAUAGUUGUUAUAAUUGUAAAUAAAUUCUCUAUAGCACUUCUAGUCCUUCAAAUAUGAGAAGUCUGUCAAACAAAGAAAAAAAAAAGGAAAGGAAAAAAGAAUUCUGUAUUAUAAUUUCAUGUACAAUAUUUCUAUUUAUACAAAUAUUUAAAAAAAAAAAAGAAAGAGAAAGAAAUUUUCAUAUCUGAAAAGUGAAAUACAUUUCUGUAUUUGUAUGUAUGUCAUUGAGCAAUGUACCUAUGUCAUUGAUGAAUAUUUUAAAAAAUAUUCAUAUCUUUCAAAAAGAUGUCUAAUUUAAAAUAAUCAAUAAUUAAUAUCUUUUUUGACAUGUUAAAAAAAUGGAAAAUAACGAGACAAAAAGCAUUAUGCAAGAACGAAUAAACGAAUUGAAUUUAAUUUCUGGAGGACAAUAUUGGAAAUGUAUAUGUAUAUGUAACGCGUGCCUCAAAUUAAUAUAGAAUAGCUGAUAAUUUCUUUUUUGCAAUUUUAAUAAUUUAAUAUUUAUAAUUUAAUAUUUGUUAUCUCGUUAAUAUUUUUAAUAACGACUUGAUUAUUCUUAAUUAUUAUUCAUUUUUCUAUUUUAAUUAAUUCAUAUUUUUGUUUCAAUGUCUUUUCUAACAUUGAAAUCAUUCAAUAAUUCUUUCAAUUAUUAGGGAAUAAUUUUUUAUCGAAGAUCGAGCACGCGAUUUCAAUUAACAAAUUUUAAUCUUUAAUUUAAGCGUCUCAUUGUAAAAAAAUUCUUUGUUUCUCGAUGUUUUUUAUAUAAUAUUUUAAAGCAAUGUUUUUCGUAAUAUUUAAAACUUUGAAUGAAAAUGAUUUUAAUAAAUGAAUUUUGUUCAAUUUCAGCGAUAUUAUUUCUUGUGUUUAUUUUUUUUAUUUUCGUUUUAUUUCUAUCACGUUCAUUAUAAAAUAUUUCAUUUUUAUUUAAUCUAUUUUUAUUUAACCUAUUAAAAUUUUGAUAUAUUUGAUUAAAAUUUUCUGUCUAUUUUUCUAUAUCAUAAAAGUUAACAUACGAAAACUUAUUGAUUACCCUGAUAAUAAUCCUUUGCAAAUUACUCUAAAAAGAUUAAUUAGUUCAAGCAAAAGAUUCGUAGUCAAAAUGAUUUUGUAAAACAAGAGUAUACAUGAACAAUUUAACGAUUCCGACAGUGUUCAAUUGAACAUAUUAAAAAAAAAAAAAGUUCGCCAUAGGCUAUAUACUCAUACGUAAAGGGUUGAACUUUCUAAUUCUUGUAUAACAAAGAUUAAAAGAGAAUAACAUACAAUAAUAUUUAUUUAAUUAUUCGCGGUAAAUGUCAAUAAAAUAAAUCGAUAGAAUCUAAAAUAAAAUCUAAAAUAAAAUACAAUUAUUUACAUGAAUUCUAUUAACCUUUUGCGUCUGUGUACUUCGUAUUAUCGUGUAAUUAAUACCACGUAAUUUUAUACGAAGCCUUAUGUCUUAUAAUUACUUCUGUAAAUAAUGCAUGAAUAUAUUAAAAUUCACUUAUACGUAUAGGGAUUGUAAAGAAAUUUUCAAUACAAAUUUUAUAGAAUAAUAGAACUUAUUGAAGAGAAAUGAAAAAUAUUUUAAUAAUGAUAAUAAUUUUUAUUUAAAAUAAUAUUUUCCACUUAAAAUACUUUUUAGCUAUUUAUAUAUUAUUUAGAAAUAGAUAAUGUACAUAAUUUUGUACAUAAUUAAAAUAAAACGAUUAUCAAAGUUUAGAAUUUAAAAAUUUUGUCAAAAUUGUAUUUGUAUGUUUUAACAAAAAUUAAUAACUUUCUUUAAAAAAAUAACUCGUAGAAACACUUCUCUUUAAUUUCAAUAUGUUCUAUCGAUAUAUACAUAUAAAACUUGUAAUCAUAAUUUCUUUACUUCUUGUAUACACAUCGUAAAAUAUUUCAAAAUUGAACAGAGCAUUUCUAAAAAAAAAUAUAUAUCGUUCACAAAAAAUAAAAAAAAUUUUCAUGAAAAAUAUAUUUUAUGAUUUUUUGAUUUAUUAACGAAUGAUAAGAAUUAAGAUUUGAAAUAAUGAAAAAAAUAGAUUUUAAAUAUAUCUUUUAAAUAUUUAUCGAAUUAAUUAUAUAAUUUUUAUAAUAAAAAAAAUACGAAUAUAUAUUUGUUUACAAUAUUUCCUACAAAAAUGAAAAGAAUAUAUGAUUUUUAUGAUUAUCUCUCUUAAUAUUAUCUCUGUGUAAUUUUGAAAAAUAUUAUUAUAUAUACAUUCAUGUGUACGUACAUCGAACUCGAACAAUUCACGGAUAUAUAAAAAAAAAUUUAUUAUCUGAAAUGAUCAAUGUAAUAAAAAAACAAAAAAUAAAAAUAUUUCGAUAAUGAGAGAGAGAGAGAGAAAGAGAGAGAGAGAGAGAGAGAGAGAGAGAGAGAGAGAGAGAGAGAGAGAGAGAGAGAGAGAAA